GCGCCCCGGGCGGCGGGAGGCGGCGGCGCUGGCUGAACUGCGGGCGGGCGCGUGGCCGGGCUGCCGCCAGGUUCCGGUGCGGGGCUCCUCCCGCCCGCUGCCACCGGGACGGGACGGCACGGCACGGCACCGGACGGGUCCUGACGGACUUUCUUCAGACGUGUUCCAGACAGAGCCAUGCUGUAGAUGACUUUGUUCUGACAGUUCAUAAGUCGCUGAAUAAUAGAACUGGAGUUUCUGCUAUGGAGAAGAGAGAAGGUGAUAGUCAUGCCAUUGACCAGAAUGCAUUUCAGAACAUCAUACCAAGAAGAAAUAGAGAAAACCUUAACAACUUGAAUGUGGAUAUGCAAGUCGCCAAUCCACCAGAAGUAGCUGCACUUUUUAACUUACAUCAAGCACACCAUUUUAGUGAGUUUGAGUAUUCUUCAGAACAACACUACAAGCAGGAUUUGUUCCCCAGGUGGCACAUGCCACUGAAGAUAGCAUCUGUGAUCUCAUUAUUGACGUUUAUUUACACUUCUCUAAGAGAUGUCAUAUAUCCUUUUAUAGCAAGAAAUGAAAAUGUUUUCUAUAAAAUUCCAAUCCUUGUCAUAAACAAAGUCUUACCAGUGGUUUCAAUUACCCUUUUAGCACUGGUAUAUUUGCCAGGAAUAUUAGCUGCUGGUUUCCAGCUGUAUUUUGGCACUAAGUACAAAAGGUUUCCCCUGUGGCUGGAUAGAUGGAUGUUGUCAAGAAAGCAAUUUGGACUUCUCAGUUUCUUCUUCGCUGUGAUGCAUGCCUGCUAUAGCCUAUGCUAUCCAAUGAGAAGAUCAUACAGAUACAAGCUGCUGAACUGGGCAUUCCAGCAGGUCAAACAGAAAAAAGAAAAUGCCUGGAUUGAACAUGAUGUUUGGAGAAUGGAGAUUUAUGUGUCCCUAGGAAUUCUGGGACUUGCUUUGCUGGCCUUAUUGGCAAUAGCAUCAAUCCCAUCUGUCAGUCACUCUUUGACCUGGAGAGAGUUCCAUUUUAUUCAGAGCAAGAUGGGAUACGUAGCUCUGCUGCUGUGCACAGUUCACGCACUGGUGUUUGCUUGGAAUAAGUGGGUUGAUGUUAACCAAUUUAUUUGGUACACACCACCUUCAUUUAUGGUAGCAGUUUUUCUUCCUAUUGUGGUCCUGCUCUGUAAAUGCAUACUGUUCCUCCCAUGUUUCAGGAGGAGGAUAAAAAAGAUCAGAUGUGGUUGGGAAGCUAAUACACAGACCAAUCAAACCAACCUGACUUCCAGACUGUAGAUCAAAUAUGGACAUUCCCUAUCUGAUGCAUGUAAAUGUGCUCAAGUCAACAAAACAUUUACUUGUGAGCUUGUAAUCUAUUUCUUAGGUUUUAUUUUUAUUUAAUCUAUUUCUUGUUUACUUUUCAUUUCAGCUGCAGGGGUAUGGAAUACCUGAUGCAAUUUGAACUUCUGUUGAGACAGAAAUUGGAAACAUUAAUUUUACACUUUAAUCUAUUUGGUGUUCUGCUAUUUGAUCAUUUCUUUCUUCUGACUCACUGCUCUUAAAAUGCCAGUGCUUCAUUGCUUCAAUCAUAAUUCUUUCACUGGAAAAUGCAGUCAUAAAUCAUUGUUCCAGAUGACCACAGAAAGUAAAUAAAUCAUUACACCACAAAAUCUAGGAAUGCUUUCUGCAUCCCACAGCCACGUUUGUUCCCUGGUUAAAUCUCAGUAUUAUAAAAUGACAACAACUUGAGUAUUUAUCGUCCUGUUUCCCAUUAUCUUCCGCAUCUUAUGUUUAACUGCAGAAGGGAUCCUUUAGCACUAGAGCCAAAUGAAAACUUGCAUUCCCACCAUGUCUUGAAUUCAAACAAUCAAGUAAGCAGAAGUCUGAGGAACUUUGCAAGGGAAAUCUCUCCUGAGGCUUAGGCACAGUCUAAUAAAAAAAGAGUUUAUAGAUUCAGAUCUACAUCUUAUACAGGACUAGGUGUGUCUGUUUAUUUAUAACUAUAAAAUGUUUUCUUUUUUUUCCAUGAACCUAUUAUUUUGUUUCUGAUGCUGGACAUUUUCCAUGCUUUUGACCUAAGCCUGCAGUUUUUGACACGUGCUAAUCUUUAUUAACACAGAUUAUUCCAGUGGGGAUAGCUCACACAUCGAGUAAAUACAUUUUACUGUUUUACUAUAUGGCCAGCACAAUUGUGUGACUGGAAGAGAAUCAUUAAAAGCAGGUGUUUGAACCUUGACACUGAUUUGGUGAGGUUUUCCUGUAAAACUGUUUCUGAAUACAUUUGCUUUUACUUAAAUUUUAGUGUCAGUUGAUGAAACUUCAGUUUCUUUGUUUUACGUAGAUCUGCCUGAAUGCCUUAACUGAAUAAUUCAUUUGUUAACAUCUAUUUUAAAUACUUCAUGCCGCAGUUAAUAUUUUCACACAGUAUCAGAAACAUUGUUGCAGUUUCCCUGCAUGAGCUGAUUGGGACAUGGAUUGAUGAUGCCACCUAUUGCUGGAGUCAUCCAAAUGAGAAUUGCAGUGGUUCUGGUAUUAAACAAGAAAACAUCUAUGUAAGAGAAUAUGUAAUACAUGGUGCUCAUGAUUAUGUUUUACGUUUGUGGACUUGGUACACUGGGUGUAAAUAACAAAUUAAAUAACUAUUACUACAUUUUGUAUUUUCCUAGUUUUAACUCCAUACAAUUAUUGCAGCAUAGAAGUUGUGCUUGUGUUUUGCACUUGAUGCAGUACUUUGAAAAUAAUAGGAACAUGGUGGCCUGUGUAAUAUAGACUGAAGAGACCCGAAUGGCAUUGUGUAUCGGUAAUACAUGACAGAGGUGAGCACAAAAACACAGAAAGCCAGCCUGUGAACUUCAGAAAUUUCUAAAAGAAAACAGUUGUUGCCAAUACAUCAGCAUUUACAUUUCUUUAAAGGAAAUAAAAUUAAUUAGAAGUCAUGUUAGAGAGAAAAACUAUCAAAGGCCUACUUGGAAUAUUAAUUGUACUUGUCAGGAGUCAUACAGUUUUGUUUUAUUUUUUCAUUGGAACAGGUUAAGACCAGUGCAACAAGAAAGUAAUUAAAUUAUCUUCUACUAGCUUCUCUUCUUCUAGCUAAUCAAAAGUUGUGCUCAAAUUUACUACUUAGGACUAAGGUGAGAUUUUAAGUACUGCAAGCAACCCCAGACUUUAACUGAUUAAUGUUUGUUUUUAUCAAAAUGUGUUAAAUUGCUUUCUCCAGAAUCAGCUCUGCUGUUCCCUUACUGGAAACUCUGGAGAAUUUAGUGCAGUCUCCAGUUUUGCUGAAUUCUGGUCAAAUAGUUGGCUUUGUUGUUUACAGCUGACCAUAGAAGUCAACCCUUUGAAAAAGGAAUGAAAACUCAAGAGAGGUUAAUGAAAACACUCCUUGGAAGACGCCAUUCAAAGCUAUUUGUAUGGCAUGUGCAAAACAAAAUCUCAAAUACAAGCCAGGUUUUCUGUGCAACAGAUAGCCUUUUCUUUAAAAAGUACUGUUGAAUGCUGUUGAAUGCUUACAGCCAGAUUUGAGACCUUAUAUCAAGUCUGUUUUCUGCUUUAGUCUUUAGUAAACUACUUCACCUCUAAGUAACUCACCAAUCUGUAGUACUGGAGUAGUAUUACUUCACAGGACGUUGAAACAGUAUGUUCCAGCUUUUAAAGCAUGCAAAUACAACAGGAGUGGGGAGGAUCAUGUAAGGAGUAAAAAGGACUACAGAAGAAAAUGCUUUUGACAAUAUUUUAUUUCUCCCUUUGUAACAGGUGUAAUUUAGUUCAACAGUAAUUAAAAUAAAUGUGUAUAUGCCUUUUAGUUUAUGUUGCUGGUUCAAAAUACAGUGUAUUAAUAUGCCUAUAUACUACUAUAAAAUAUAAAAAUGAUGUGUAUGCCAAUUUGAGGCACUUACUUGUAUAAUAAUUGAUUGUUUUUAUAAAAUCAUGCAUCAUUAAAUGCUUGACUGUA